AUUCACCACCAUCACCAUCAACCUCGUCUGGUCCAGCUGCUGAGGCGAUGGAUGUUCCCCUUGGCUCGUCGUCGACGCACAUCGCGCAAGCGGCUCAAGCAGAGGUACAGCCCUUCUUUCGGGCCAGGGUCUUCCCUCCCAGCUCCCUCAGCUCUGCUCCUUCCGACACCUUCGCCACUUCCUCCCUCUCCGCUCUGCGCAGCAGUCUUGCCUCGGCCUUCCAGGUAUUCCUUCGCAAGCCCCUGCCAUCGGGCCUCGAUCGCUAUGUCUUCUAUCGAUCGAAUGUGACCUUCAGAGUAUCGCAAGGAUGGAAGUCAAAGGAUGGACAGACUGUCGUGCCUCCACACGUCCGCAUUGACCUCCAGACUGGAGGUGCCACCGAAGAUGAAUUUGCCCUGAUCCACUUCCUGAGACUGCACCAAAGAUCCAAUCAAAUACUGGAGGAGUGUUUCAUACAAGUUCAGGACGAAGAUGGUGAAUUCCUGCUCAUCGAGGCUGCAGAGGAGCUGCCGGAAUGGAUCGACCCCGAGAAUGCAGACGGUCGAGUCUGGCUGGCGAGGGAGCAGCUGCAGCUCAUCGGUCCAGGUCGCGAAGGCCAGAACGGCGCUUCCGGUCAUGGUAGCAUUCUUCCGAUCAAAAACCUGCGCAAUGCUCUGACGGCUCUUGCUCAACGGUCAGAGACAUUGCAGUUCUCGCAGUCUCUCAAUGACGCUGCCUUCUCUCGCCUCUCCUCUUAUCCCGGGACGGAAUGGGUAGAUACAGCUCAACACCGCACAACAGCCUUCCUGUCAUCUUCGUCCGUUGCUCAGGUACUGCAGCGGCAAUGUCAGCUCAUCGCUCGAGCUGGACAGGCUUUCCUCGGUCGAGACUCACGGGACAUGAGGGUAGCCAGCAAGAUGCAGACUUUCGGUCCUACCGUGGGUAUCACUGAAGCUGGUCCUACUUCUUCGGCCUCAAAACCAGGCCUUCUGGUACCUCUAUCCCUGCCGCGACGGCUGUAUAUCCAGCUGCUGUCCGUGCGCUUCCUGCCCCCCAAGUCCUUUUCCUCACCUUAUCGUGAACGGAUCAGUCAGUAUUAUGAAGAUCUCGAUUCUGUGCAGGCCGCGGGUCCCGGACUCUCCGCAGCUUCGAAGGCUCAGCAAGAGAGAUUGGACGAGGGCAGGAGGUGGGAUCUUGGCUGUAAGCUGUCCGUUGGCCUUGAGAUGGCUUACUGGAAUGAUCGGGAGAGGUUCGCAUCUCAGAGACGCAGCCGAGCAGGAUUGUUCGACACGAGCCAGCCUGCCGAUCGUCAGCAGCUGGAUCCUCGUUCAGACCCUGGGUACGAGCACUUUAUCAACAAGCUCGAAAGGCUGGGUUACUUUCAGAACGAAGUCAGGGACAGUCAGAAGUGGAAAGAGCUGGAGGCCACAGCCGUGUCAGACUGGUGGAAAACGAGGUCGUCUGGAGUCCCCGACACUGCAAGCGAUGAUCAGGGUGACGACGCAGGGACAGAGGAUCUAGAAUGGGUCGAGUCGAUCAGGGACGUACUGGCCACCUCCAAUGCAGGCACUGUUGCCUCUUUAAAUCCAUCUGGCUUGGCGUCCAUCCUCUCUCAGGAGCAAAGCGACUCAUGGCUCUAUGAGACUGGCGAUUCUUUUCUUGAUGGAGAUCAGUCAUCGGUUGGCGACGGUCAAGAAGCUGCUGAGCGAGAAGCGACACAGAAGCUCUCGGACUUUGCCGCACGAGUGGAGAAGUUCAUCGAAGGCAAAGGCGCCGUCGAGGGAGCUGUCAUCGACGAGUCUGAAGACAGUGGAGAAAGUUCAGACGAUGAGGAAGAGGCUGACAUGGAUCUGGAUGGAGAAGUGCAGCAAGACGAAGACGACGAGACAGUCAUCCUAGAAGCUCGAAGGAGGCUAGGCGAGCUCAGCGCCGAGGCGCGAGCUGACAGGCUCAAGGCGCUCUUGCCUGGUCUUGGUGAACAGGUCGCUUGGCAGACUGAUGACGACGUCAGUGCCAGGCAGGCACUCGACGAACAGCUGAAGGCGAUGGCUGAGGAGCCAUCUCAGCCUGCCGCGCCAGUGGACGUAAGGGCAAACCCGCCGAGAGACGCCGCCAGCGGUCGUGUUGUCAAUGCAAAGGAAGCGACUCUCCUCACGAAGAAGAAGGCAUCCCAAACGGCCGCUCUCUCCUCCAGCGAUCUGCGGGACAGUCUUCAGGCCCAAGCAAAGGCCUAUCGCUCCUCCACCAUCUCUUCCCACUUUGACGGCGCUGAGUCCUGGCAACUAGAAGAUUCAGACAAUGACUCUGAGGCGGGUCUCGAUGAGAACGGUCGACCAGAGACAAAGGAGCAGAGGCGAGAGCGAGCUCGUGUGCUUGAUUUAGACCCUAGCGAUGACGAGAAGGAAGACGAGGCAGAAGAGCCUGCAGGGGAGAUGGAGGAGAUUGAUGCGGAAAAAGAUGAGGAGGAGGAGAUGGAAGAAUUCGUCGACUUUGCUCGCAAGGAGCUGGGGCUCAGCGAAGAGCAGCUCUCAAAGAUCAUGAAGGAGAGAAAGGAUAACGGUAGAUGGGUACCGGGCAAGGAACAGACGACACCGCUUCCAGCUCAGGCGGCGCCGACGAGAAGCAACACCGCUGCUCCUCCGGCUCCUUCUUCGAGCUUCGGCAAAGGCUUCAAACAAGGCUUUCUCAGUCGCCCUUCCGCCGCUCCCACCCCCGAUUCUGUGUCGAAAGCCAAAUCAGUCUCUUUUGUCGACACAACAGAGCCGGCUCGUAGCACUUCUAACCCUGUCGAACCCGCAGCAGCUACCUCUCCCACCACCAACUCAACUUCAGGCGUCCGCAACUCCUCUCUCAACUCCUUUGAUACGCUCAUGGGCGCAAUGGACUCGGCCCUGGACGCGCACCGUCGCUCUAAGGGGCUUCCGCCGCUUAACCGAGAGGAGACGUAUGGUGGGGAAGUGCGUGCGGAGGACUGGGCUUUGAGGAGGCCUGGUGGGGCGAGUUUGGGGAGCUUGAUGAAGAAAGAGGAGGAGGAGAGGGAGAGAAACGAGGGAAAUGAGGCCGCGAGCGAGGCAAAGGCACAGCAAAAUGGCAAGGUAAAGGGCGAGGACGACGCUCAGACCCCUUCGCAAGGUGAAAUGGGCGGUGCUCCUAUCCUCAGCGCGCACGAACAGGUCGCUCUCACCGGCUCAAGCAUGGACGAGGACGUGGACGAGGAAGAAGAGGAAGAGGAGCCCCUCUCGGCAAAAGACACUGCUCUCCUCGAUCGUCUCCUCAAGGAGCAAAAUCAGGGUCCACCUUCCUUCACUGAACUAGUCGAUUCUGCUGGACUGCGUGCGCCCAAUAACGGCAAUGGAAUCGGGCAGUCCAGUAAGGGCGUUGCGCCCAAGAUCAGUGAGAUCUCUGCUGAUCUCCAAGACGAAGAAGGCGACGAGGAUGAGGACGGGGAUGAAGAGAUGCUACCCGACCUCGCCAUCGAGGGCGACGCCGAUGACGCCGAAGAAGGCAACGGAGCCGCCGUUUCGAAUCUGCUCGAGUCAUGGCGAGCUCAAGGCGGUGCGGCGGGACCUAUGGGCACCUUAGCUGGCGGUAUGGGCUUUGGGUCUCGGGCGCCUAGAUGAGUGGGUGUGGAUUCGCACAGAGGGGAAGGACGAAGUUCUGCGCUAAGGAGUGCAAGGUAGCCAGAUGAAUAGAUGCGUGCAUAGCAGGAGCAUAAGAUUCGAAACGCAAUGUAUGUAACUAUAGUACAAUUGAGAAGUCAUUAU